AUGGGAUUCAUAGUGUGUCCAAACAGACAUUUAUGUUCAAUUAUUAUCAUUUUCUCGAUUCUUCUGCUGUUUUGUAAGUCAAUCAAUUGCUUUCAGUUGCCACAAUCGCUGAUUAUUCGCAUUGAACGUGUCGGUGUGUUACCGUCUGGAAAUGAAUUUAAACUAGCCGAUCAUGUGGAAUUUGGUGAAACACUCGACGUUCGGGAUCUAUGCUUCUACCGAAACAAAGAAACUGAAUAUAACCUGACAGCGGCGCGGCGGCCCGAAUCAACUUCACGAAUAGUAGGCGGUGCUGCUGGAAACGAACAUCCUUUGUCUAGAAGGCCAUCGUCGAGUGGGCUUGCGUCACCAUAUGGAAUCAUUGAUGGUGGUUCAUUUGUGGCAGAACGUCGGGAGUCGGCUCGCUACAAAUACCAAUUACGUGCAGUGAGCGAACAUCGUGGUGUACCACAAAGUGGACAUUUUGUGACGUAUCGACGAGGGAUCCACGAUCCCUAUACGUGGCAUCUUACUAACGAUGCGAAGGUUAAACGAGUACCUUACUCCCAAGUGGCUUCCGCUCAAGCUUACAUGCUAUACUAUGAGCGAAUUCAACCGAAUCGAUGGUACAAGCAAAGUAACAUACUGCUCAGACCGUGA